AUGGUUGAGCCUGGCCCCGGGCAAGUUCAGUUCUACACGUCAGCGGCUGACUUCAUACGAGAUGCCGAUCCCAUCUUUGCAGACAGAGAGGCCGAGCACAGCAUCAUGCUGGGCGUGCUGGGCAACCUGCAGAAAGACAUGAACUUCUACAACAUCACACCAGAGUUGGUGGCGGUCACCGGAUCAGCUGGAUCUCCAGUGCUUUUAGCGAGUAUGGUCCAUCCGCACCCUUUCGUGCUUUCCCUACCGGCACGUGAUGCAUCGGAAGAAGACAUCCACAGCGCUGUGAAAUGCCUGGCAAACUACGCUGGGAGUGUGCUGAAAGAGAAGAAGGUCUUUCCCGCGAAGAUCGUGGGCCAUCCACAGCUUGUAGAGCCCUUGGUGCUGCAUUUGGCGGCUCGAAGCACCCCGCUGAAGCGUGGUCUUGGCAUCCAAUUCUACAGCCUGCAGCCGGACAGUUUAGUGGAGCCGCGAUUGAAAAUGUCGGACGACACUAGCUUGACCGCCCGACGCUAUGAGCCAGAAAAGGAUGCUGGAUGGUUGCGCAAGUGGGUGCAUGAGUUUUUCAUGGACGUUUGGGGAUAUGCGCAAGAGCGCAUGGUGGAGAAUCAGCUGUCGGAAUUGGCCAAGUUGCCGAAGGAAGCACGUGGCAUGUUCUUACUCUUCCAGGGGGAGAACUUCGUAAGCUACGCGGGCUAUGGAGGUGCCACAGCCAACACCAUGCGCAUCACUGGAGUCUUUACCCCGGCAGAGUUUCGCGGCCGUGGAUAUGGGCAGCUCAUUUGCUGGUAUGCGUGUCGUUACCUGCUGACGCCUGUGGAGAAGGAGGGGCUGGGCCGAAGCCAAUUGGUGAUCGCAGCGGAUCAAAACAAGACCUCCGUGAUGGGAAUCUACCAGGGCCUGGGCUUCAGGGAUCUCACCGAGGUCCGGGAAUACGUGGCUGACGCGUGCUGCCGGCCCAGCAUGCAGGUGAAGGUCGUUUUGCCCACUGGGGAGGUGAAUGUCCCAGUGGAGCCCAACUCCACACCUGGACACCUCAAAGAGAACCUGAAGUACAGCAUCCGGGUUCCACCCAAGCAGAUCAAACUCACCUGCGAAGGCCGUGAGCUGGAUGACAUCAAACCGCUCACGGGUGAACCAAACAAUGUGCAAGAUGGUGCCGUGCUGGUGGCCGAACGACGUGAGGGAGUAGUGGAGGAAGACAUGUCGACGAAGGCAUCGCCACCCCCCACCAUGAUUAAGAAGGAGGAACCACCAAAGCCCAAGAAGCCGAAGAAGGACGUGGUAAGGCCGACCUUAGUGGAAGGAGACGUCAAGAAAGAGAAGACUUUGCAGCCCGGCCAUCAGGGUUGGGCGGCCAAAGCUGCCUACCUGGAGGCGAAGUCCAAGAAGCGACACUUGGUGUAUCUGAAGAUUGAAAACAUCGAGGAAAAGAAGGCGUAUCCAGAGCACGAGGACUUCCAAGUGGCCUUGGCCUUAGGGGACCCACAGUGCUCCCCAGUGUGGACUGCCGUGGUCCAGCUCCUUGAGAUCGGCGAAAAGGCGCGCUUCACGCUUUCGCGCAAGGUGUUGGACUUCAACCCGGAAGGCUUGGCACCAGAUGACUACUGCUCCACUUGGGAGGUGGAAUUGCUGAGAGUUCUGGAAGUGGAAGAUGUGAUGGAAGAUUUCCAACAGCUCCUGGAAAUCGAAAGCAGCGGUGGCAAAGAGAGGGCAGAGGACAGGGCUAGAUGGUAG